CCUGCUGCUGCUGCUGCUGCUGCUCGUCUGGCUGCGUUGACGUCAGCACCGUGUUGAUUUGCUGAGGCGAGAGAAGAAAGGAGUUAGUGCGUGUUGAGAGAGCGGGUACUGCGAACUGCCUUACUAUGCUGUAGCCCCAACCCCCGUGCACUUCACGGAGUCAAAACGUGCAACUUGGGUUUCAACUUGUUUACAAAGACGGUCUAAAGCUCUCCUGAACGGAGGAAGGCGAGCCUCAUGAGUCGACCUCGUGGAUUUCAUCGACAAAAUGGAUUUAACUAAAAUGGGCAUGAUCCAGCUCCAGAACCCCAACCAUCCCACCGCCCUGCUGCAGAAGGCAAACCAGAUGCGUCUGGCCGGGACUCUUUGUGAUGUGGUCAUCAUGGUGGACAGCCAAGAGUUUCAUGCUCACCGGACUGUGCUAGCCUGCACCAGCAAAAUGUUUGAAAUCCUCUUCCACCGCAGCAGCCAGCACUACACCCUGGACUUUCUCUCACCAAAGACCUUUCAGCAGAUUUUGGAGUACGCCUACACUGCCACGCUCCAGGCCAAGGUGGAGGACUUGGACGAUCUCCUGUAUGCAGCGGAGAUUCUGGAGAUUGAGUAUUUGGAAGAGCAAUGCCUCAAGAUUCUGGAGACCAUCCAGUCCUCGGAUGAGAACGACGUGGAGGUCAGCGCUAACGACGGCAGCACGGAGGAGGACGAAGAGCGCAAAGGCCAGAACGGAGCCAAAAUCUCUAAAAAACAUUCCAUGGAGAGCUCUUAUCUGUCAGGUACUCAACAGGCCCCCAACAUGUCCGGUGUGGUGGACCAGAGCCCCUCCGUCUCUACUUCCUUCAACGUCUCCAACCUGAGUCCCACCAAAGCCGCCGUGGACAGCCUGAUGAGCAUCGGCCAGUCUCUGCUGCAGCAGGGCUUUGGGGGUGAGCAGCUCAUCCACGCUAACUCCCACCACCUGAUGUCUGAGAUCAAGACCGAAAACAUGCAGGUGGACAUGGGCGGCAACGGCCACGAAAGCCCUCAGAACAUGGAGUCCGGCGCCUCCAGCAACGGCGACCGGAGCGGAGAAGACAGGAACCGAGACGGCCCCGGAACCCCGACCCGGAGCAGCGUGAUCACCAGCGCCCGAGCGGCGACCGGAGCGGAGAAGACAGGAACCGAGACGGCCCCGGAACCCCGACCCGGAGCAGCGUGAUCACCAGCGCCCGAGAACUGCACUACGUCCGCGACGAAAACAUGGGCGACCACCAGGCCGAAGUCAGUCAGAUGGGGCUGGAGGCGAUGGCGGGGAUGACGGAGAAGCACCUCGCCUCGCUCUACUCCCUGCCGGUCAAUCACAAGUCAGACGCCAUGAUGUCCAUGCCGGUGUCCAUGGCCUCCGCUCUCCCCAUGUCUCCGGCCCUGGCCAUGUCUAUGGACUUCAGCGCCUACGGGGGGCUCCUGCCGCAGAGCUUCAUCCAGAGAGAGUUCUUCAGCAAGCUGGGGGAGCUGGCGGUGGGCAUGAAACCGGACGGCAGGAACCAGCACGAGCGGUGCAACGUUUGCGGUGCAGAGCUGCCAGAUAACGAAGCGGUGGAGCAGCACAGAAAGAUGCACAGUGGAAUGAAGACCUACAGCUGUGAACUUUGUGGGAAGAGCUUUCUGGACAGCCUCCGUCUACGGAUGCAUUUGCUCUCUCAUUCAGCUGGAGAGAAGGCCAUCGUUUGUGACCAGUGUGGCGCCCAGUUUCAGACCGAGGAAUCCCUGGAGGCUCACCGGCAGAUCCACACUGGUUUGUGACCAGUGUGGCGCCCAGUUUCAGACCGAGGAAUCCCUGGAGGCUCACCGGCAGAUCCACACUGGCUCGGACAUGGCCAUCUUUUGCCUUCUUUGUGGGAAGCGUUUCCAGACCCAGACAGCACUGCAGCAGCACAUGGAAGUGCAUGCUGGCGUUCGCAGCUACAUUUGCAGCGAAUGCAACCGGACUUUCCCCAGCCAUACUGCACUCAAACGUCACCUCCGCUCACACACAGCAGGGGACCACCCAUUCGAGUGUGAAUUCUGCGGGAGCUGCUUCCGAGACGAGAGUACACUGAAGGGCCACAAGCGCAUCCACACCGGGGAGAAGCCCUAUGAAUGUAACGGCUGUGGGAAGAAGUUCAGCCUCAAGCACCAGCUGGAAACCCACUACCGUGUGCACACAGGUGAGAAGCCAUUCGAGUGCAAGCUGUGCCACCAGCGAUCCAGGGACUACUCGGCCAUGAUCAAGCACCUGCGCACCCACAAUGGCGCCUCGCCCUACCAAUGCACCAUCUGCCUGGAGUACUGCCCCAGCCUGUCAGCCAUGCAGAAGCACAUGAAAGGUCACAAGCCUGAAGACAUCCCCCCAGACUGGCGCAUAGAGAAGACCUACCUGUACCUCUGCUACGUCUGAGACGGCACUGAGGUGAAGUGAAUGAGGAGGGAGGGAACGGGGGUAGAGGUAAGAGGAAUGUACCGGAGCGGGUGGGAGGUCUCGAAGAUUGAGGAAUGUCAACGAGAAGAUGCUUGAAAAAAAUAAAAAAGAGGGUUUUGUUGUUUUUGUUGGGAUUUCUUUUGGGUUUUUUUUUUUUUUUACAUGCAAAGGAGCUGGGUUAGGGUCAGGGAAGGCGGGGCUAAAAAGACUUGGACACGGAGAGACGUUCUCCGCCAUUGUUCGGAUUCACCGGGUCGUUCACUACAUCUGCAACUGUGUUUUUGGUUCAGGUCGUUUUUGUGCAGCACCGUAAAGCAAGUAGGCUGCGAAAGAAGUGACACUUUGGACGCUGCUGCUGCUGCUGCUGCUGCUGCUGCUGCUGCUGCCACACCGGCGAGAGAGAGCAGAUUCUCAAGGGCUAUCUGACCUGCACAGGUUCAUCCUCCCGUUCUGUUGGUGGGAUAUAAUUCACAUUACUUUCGGUGGUCUUCCUUUCUGAGAAUUACAGUCACUCAACUUGUCGUGCACGGAUUUAUCAGAGCGUUUUAAAAUGACAUUCUGCUUAUGUUAGUUUACUGCUCGUGUUUCCUUUCCAAAUGCCCCAAAAUCUGCAAGUUUGUGUUUCCAUUCCUGAAUCCCACCAGAGGCGUCGGCGGCUCUGAGAUAGCCCCUGAGAAUCGCUAUCACAGCCUGCAGGCGUAUGCAGUAGUCGAGACAGUUGGACUGGAGUAUUAAAAUGCUGCAAACCAAGCACCCGUUUGGUUACGAGCAGGGAAGACACGGCCGCUGCUUCUCCGUGGAGGCCUCCCCAGUUUCUUCAGCGGUCUUCCUGGGUCUGCGUCUCUUCUCGAGUGCGGGUCGGAGUCACCACUGGCCGCUCAAGGCCCACAAGCGUCACUUUUAUGUCAUAUGUUGUUCUUUUUUGUUGUUCUUUUUGUUGUUUUUUAGCUCUGCAUCGCAGUUUAUCAUGGCUUGAUUGCACAGGUAACGCAAACUACGACAACAGUCUCUGUUUGAUGUCAGCAAGGUGUAUAAACCCUUCAACCAACUAUAACUCGCUAUCAUAAUAUCGCACAAUAAAUCCCAGCCAUAUUCAACAAUAGAUAGCUGGACCGCUUUUAACCCAUGCACAUUUAUCCCGAUGUAUCUCACACUAACAAUAGCCAACAUAAACUGACCCAUAGCAGCCGUAGAUCUGCCGACUCGCCACAGUCGAGGAAAAGGAAUCGGUAGGGGAGGAGGGGUUGUCGUCUGCGUGAAUCUCGUGACUUUGACUGUUCGUAGUGAAUGUGGAAGACGUGCUGAGGAUGCCUUAGCUGCACAACCCCAACAUUUGUCGGUUUUUAAGGACUGUAAAUGGGAGAGAGAGAGA